GUACGGAAGAGACGCAGCAGCACGUUGGACGGUUGAAGGGAGAAAACAACGAUGUUCAAACACGUUUUUCUGACAGGACCUCCAGGUGUGGGGAAAACCACCCUGGUCCAAAAAGCCUGUGAGGCUUUAGUGUCAUCAGGAGUGGGAGUUGAAGGGUUUUACACAGAGGAGGUCAGGGAGGGGGGCCGGAGAGUCGGCUUUGAUGUUGUUACAGUGACAGGAGAGAGGGGCCAUCUGUCCAGAAUCAGAGACAAUGCCGGCGCGUCUCAUGGCAGACGGGAAUACACAGUCGGACAGUAUGUGGUUGACCUGCCUUCAUUUGAAAAUCUGGCGCUCCCCCUCUUCAGAAAUAUCGGGUCCACAGAUGGGAGCACCAGGAAGGUGUUUGUCAUUGACGAGAUUGGGAAAAUGGAGCUCUUCAGCCAGUCAUUCAUCAGGGCAGUGAGACAGACUUUAGAUAGCUCCUCCUGCACAAUCCUGGGUACCAUCCCAAUCCCUAAGGGUAAACCUCUGGGUCUGGUCGAGGAGGUGCGGAGCAGGAGAGACGUCAAGGUCUUCACUGUGUCUAAGGAGAACAGAAAUGCCAUUCUACAAGACAUUUUAGCAACACUCCAAGAGUGUUUAAAGCAUACAACCUAGUAUAGUAAUUCAGAGCCAGUGCAGGGGAAAACCCCCGCAGUUUAUGUGUGUUUUUGCUGACGCCAAGUUUUAUAUGUGUCAGCGCAUACACAGUUUGCACAGCCACGCUAGUAAGUGGAUCUACACACGCUUUACAACAGGGUUACGACCUAAGCUGAGGGGCAUCCCGAGCUGCUGGAAGAAUUGGUGUGUCACAUGCAUGUAUUUAUGUACACAAGUCAUUUUUUUUCUUUCUCAUACAGCCUCAAAAUGGAUCGCAUGCUGAAUAAUUGAUUGUGAGAUGGAACACAGCAAGGGAAUUGUUCAUAGUGUGUAAAUACUCCUUACUCUCUGAGAUGGUUUGGUCCUUAAAAAAAAGCUCUUUGUGUUUAAAUGUAUAAUAUAGAGGUGCCAGCAGGCAUUCCUCAUGUACAAGUAUAUAAUAUCAAUUUGUUCAUGAGGACAAGCAGUCCUGUUUUUUAAAUAAACGGCCGAACAAAGCA